UUAAAAAAAGAUUCGUUUUUGUCUUGUCAAGAAAUUAAUAAAGCUUGUUCGAGGAGAUAGUAUUUGCGGUGAUUAAAAAAAGCGCCUCACGCUGGAUUUAUAAAAUAUAGGCAGGCAGUUUCCCGGAUGUUGAGGUAAACGGAGGCCUGAUUCUUCUAACGUUUCCACACACGCUUAAACUAUCUCCGCGCUUUUGGAGGCUGAGAGUGUGUCUGGGUGAGCAGAAGUCAUGUUUGGCUCCUCGAGAUCUGGAGGAGUGAGAGGGGGUCAGGACCAGUUCAACUGGGACGAUGUGAAAGUGGAUAAACACCGAGAGAACUAUCUGGGGAAUUCCCUCAUGGCUCCGGUCGGCCGAUGGCAGAAAGGGAAGGAUUUGUCAUGGUACGCCAAAGACAAGAAGAGCGGCGCAGCUCUGUCUAAAGAGCAGGAGAUGGCAGCGGUGCGGGAGGCGGAGCACGAGGCCAUGUUAGCAGCGCUGGGUCAUAAAACAAUCAAGAGACAACCAACUGGUCUUACCAAAGAGGAUCUGGCAGACGUGUGCCGGAGGGAAGGCGAGGCGGAUGAACGGGACGUGGACAGGGUCUCUGGACUCGGGAGCUCCAGGGCUGGACAGAGAGGAAUGGUGCUUUCCAAGCAAGAAAAAGAAGCAGUAAAAAUGGGUUUGCCAGUUUUCACGCAUCACAAAGCUGACAGACCACAAGAAGCCAGUAAAAGUCCUGAGGAGGCCAGCAGACCUGAUAAAGAGGAUAAAAGAUCUGACAGGAAAAAGAAGAGCAAAAAGGAGAAGAAAAGUAAGAAGGAGAAAAAGAAGAAGAAAGAGAAAAGCAAACACAGAAGCAGAAGUGACUCUUCAGGCUCAGACUCGGAGAGCUGCAGUAAAAGGCGGAGAAAAGAUCCGCGGGACCAUGGUCCUAAUCCAUCAAGGAGCAGUCAGAGUGGAGCCGGUGCCCGUGACAGUCAUUCAGGAGGGGGGCCGAAGGUGGAGCACAGGACCCUGACCCCCCGCCGCCACCGGCACGACACAGACUCGUCUUCUGACGGCCCCCGCGCCGCUCAAAGCUCCCGCCGGCGCCAUGAUAGCAGCUCAGACGACUGAGGCCCGCUACUGGCCCUUUAGCCACACCCCCUCAGCCAGAGCAUGGAUCUGAUUGGCCUCUUCAGACUCUGGACAACUUGGGCCACAAGACAGCAUAUCCUUUUUAAGGUUGAAUCUCAGGAAAUCUGUCCAAAACAUGUCUUGGGUCACAUUUCUGAAAAUUUGGGUUCAAGAAGAUGCAGCUUGUUUUAGGCUGUUAAAAUUGACCAUCAACAUUUUGGGCAUCAUUUUCUCCCAAAAUACAUAAAAAUGAUUAAAACACUCUUUGUUGUACUGAAUUAGAUUUAAAUUCUGAUUUGGAAAA